AUGGGGUUCCUCAAGAGGUUAUUCAGUGGGGGCAGUGCGCAGCCGAGGGGGGGGGUGCAACGCCCGGGCACUGCACCCCCCCAAAGGACAGGGAGCGCACCUGUACUGCGCCAGAAUGCGGCGCAGCAGCAGGCUAACUCAAGAGAAGUCAAGCUGGCAGACUUGGUCAACUGGACCAACCUCCAGAGGCCGCGGACAGCUCUUGACGACAAGGCUGAAGCACGGCGGCGAAUGGCGGAGUGGACCAGGCAAGGAAGGGGAGAGACAGAGCGGGAAGACCAUGUUCUGAUAAAAGCGGCGGAAGGAUCAACCUGGAGUCUGCACUAUCCCACCCUGCGGUCGGGGCAUGCCUACCUUUCACAAGUCUUUGAGCUGCGGGAACUCCAGCUAGCCACCCGGGGGUUCCACCAGGCAGACCUAGUCGGAGAAGGGGGCUUCGGCAAGGUGUUCAAAGCAGUCCUGACAGACGGCCGGGUGGCGGCGGUGAAGCAACUAGACCGAGGCAGGACGCAGGGGGAUCAGGAGUUUUGGGUGGAGGUUGAGAUGCUGAGUAGGCUGAGGUCCCCCCACGUGCUGACCCUGUGGGGCUUCUGCGCGGAGAGCAACCAGCGGUUGCUGGUCUACGAAUACAUGCGCAAUGGGAGCCUGCAAGACCAGUUGCAUCGAGAUGAAAAAAUGAUGGGCCGGCCCCCCUUGGACUGGCCCGCACGGUUACAGAUCGCUCUGGACGUCGCCUGUGCAUUGGAAUAUCUGCACGAGGUGGCGCAACCCCCUGUCAUUCAUGGAGACCUCAAGUCGAGCAACAUUCUUUUGGACUUUGAUUUCAAGGCGAAGCUAGCCGACCUGGGCCUGGCGAAACGCGUUCCGGCGGGGGGCCAGGUCCGCGCGGACGUCCUGGGCACGCACGGCUACUGCGCGCCGGACUACGCCGCGACCGGGCGCAUGACGACCAAGAGUGACGUGUACAGCUUCGGGGUGGUGCUGCUGGAGCUCAUCACGGGGCGCGCGCCGCUGGACUUGAAGAAGAAACGGUCACUUGUGUCGUGGGCACUCCCCCUGCUGCGCGACAAGCGCGGGCUGGCCAAGAUGGUGGACCCUGCCCUGGAGGGUUGCUACUCGAUGAAGGACCUUUGCCAGGUGGCGGCCAUCGCGACCCUCUGCUUGCAAUCCAAGGGCGAGUACCGGCCGUUGAUGGGGGAUGUCGUCACCAGCCUGCUCCCGCUGGUCAUCAACUCGUACAACGGGGCGGAAGGUUUCGCCUCGGAGCUGGAGGAGUUGCUGGGAAUCAAGCAGCAGCAACAAGCGAGUCGGGAGCAGUCCGCGUCCGAGGCUCAGCCCGGUUCGGUUCACCGGGCGUUUUUGGCCGACGGCCGGGAGGUCAUUCUGGCGGAAGUGGGCGGGGCCUGGGUGCGGCUGGCCAAGGAAGAGUUUGCGACCGAGGCCACAAUAAUGACCCAGCUCAGCUCGCCGCACCUGCUGACCCCCUGGGGCUACUCCUCCAGUCCCGCUCACCGGCUGCUCAUGUUCAACUCCGUGCCGAACGGCAGCCUGGAAGAACGCCUUGGUACAACGGGUGCGCCCAGGAGUCCUCGGCCCUUGGACUGGGACACGCGCGUGCAGGUCGCCCUCGAUUGCGCUCGGGGACUCGGCUGCCUCCACGAGAAAGGGCUGGUGCACGGCGACUUCAGGGCGACCAACGUACUCCUGGAUCAAACCAACACGGCGCAAGUUUCGGCGUUUGGAGUGACGAAGCCCAGCACCGGCAGGAGAGGGGCCGUUUGCCACGUGGCACCCGAGGCGGCUUUCACGGGGACGGCCACGCCGCGAAGUGACGUGUAUAGCUACGGGUUGAUGCUGCUGCAGCUGAUCACGGGAGAGCACCCGGCGGGGGCAAACCCCGUAGCCUGGGCUAUGUCUCUGGUGACCGACCACAAGCGCCUGGCCCACGUGACCGACCCGCACCUGCAAGGCCAGUACCCCUUCCGAGACGUCAGCCACGUGGCAGCCAUCGCGGCCAUGUGCCUCCAGCCGGAGCCUGCCCACCGUCCGUUGAUGACCGACAUCGUGACGAGCUUAAUGGGGAUUGCAGGCAGACCCAAAACCGUGGUUCCGCCUCAGGAAAGGGGGGCCGGAACGCGGGCGGCUGAGGGGGUAGCGCGCAGCGCACCGCAAUUGGAAGAGCUGGCAGUCCCAGAGGAUGCACACCUUUGUCACGCUGAAAAUUCGGACAUCUCAGUCUUUGGCGAGCGCACGCCCGCGGCCGCAGACUACUGCGAGCCGGACGAUUUUAGCAGCGACGAGCUGCAGAUAUCGCUCAGGCAAAGGUCGCCGGCCAAACCUCGAAAGAUGCCGCUUGUGUCGACGUCCGAAGACUCGGAGGGCGAACAGCAUCCAGUCAUCUCACGACAACACGACGAGGAGCUGGUGACCGAGCCGUCCAGCAGCCGCACCGCGUUCUUGCUACGCGACGAGUUUCCGCUGUACGAACGUGACGGCCCGCUGUCCGACGCGGACGAUGCGGACUUCGCGUCGGACCGCGAGGAGCAGUUCCUGGACGAGGACGAUGACGUCAGCGACCAGGGCACCGGCGCGCCGUCCGUGCACGACGGCUGGAAGUCUACCCCCUCCGGCCAGGUGUACGUCAGCCGGGACUACGACUUCGCGGAGCUGCAGGCCAGCACCGACGAGUCCAGCAGCGCCUUCGAGAGCGACGCCCGGGGAUCCUCCUCCGCGAGGGGCCGCCACGUGGCAGCGCCGGGACCGUCCGUCCGAUCGCACCGGCGCCAACGGUCGUUCGAGUUCGACGACGCUCUGCGCCGGGAGGUGAAGCUGUGGCCGAUUGGCUCCACCCGGAGUGACGUGGGCGUGGCGUCCGUUGGCCGCUUUCGGCGCGGACGGCCCGCGAGCGCGCGCGGGCCGUUGUUUGGGGGGAGAUGA